CUCACUAGGAACACACAACGCACACUGCUUACCUCUCAUCUCACACCCCAGACCGUCAUGGAUGAACUUGACAUGCUUUUAGAGGAGUUGGCUCAGAGCUCUACCCAGACUUCAAAUGUUCCUGCACCCAUUCCACCCAAAACUCUCCAACUGGGAGCCUCGGUUAAAAGUAACAACACAACUCAGCUUGAACAAACUGAAUCUUCUGGAUUUGUUGCUGGUCCAGGAAAGACAUAUAAUCCCUACAGUGUGGUUCCAGUCCCCGUGGAAGCAGGAGUGAUGAGUCCCGGCACAGCUACACGAGAGCUCGACUCCAUCAUGAAUGAACUGCUAGGGCUAGGCCUGGAGGUUUCAGAACCAGUUCCCACAUCAAACCCACCUCCAGUGGCUUGCAAGUCAAUAAAAGACAAAAAACCUGAGGAAACUAAAGAAAGUGAUAGUGGAAGCCAAAAAGAGACUAAGAAACCACAGCAUCCUCCUCUGUCAGAGAAAGUAUCCAAGAAUGUGGAUGCUAUAGACGACCUGCUGGGCUCUCUCAGUACGGACAUGGAGAAAAUGGGGGUCCGCACUGCUGCCAAAGGCAAUUGUGCUUCUUGUGACAAGUGUAUAGCUGGGAAGAUGAUCACAGCUCUGGGUCAGGUGUGGCACCCAGAACACUUUGUGUGUACGGCAUGCAGGGAAGAACUCGGCACUUGUGGUUUCUUUGAGAGAGAUGGCAAGCCGUACUGUGAGAAAGACUACCAGAACCUCUUCUCCCCUCACUGCGCUUACUGCAAGGGUCCUAUUACUCAGAACAUUCUAACAGCGAUGGAUCAUACAUGGCACCCAGAACAUUUUUUCUGCGCCCACUGUGGAGAUCUGUUUGGACCUGAUGGUUUUAUGGAGAGAGAUGGUAAACCAUAUUGCUCUAGGGAUUUCUACCGCCUCUUUGCACCCAAAUGCUCUGGCUGUGGAGAGCCAGUGAAGGAGAACUAUCUGUCUGCAGCCAAUGGAACCUGGCACCCUGACUGCUUUGUCUGUGCGGACUGUCUGAAGCCUUUUACAGAUGGUUGCUUCCUUGAGUUGAAUGGUCGGCCCCUCUGUUCCCUGCACUAUCACUCUAGACAGGGCACUCUGUGUGGGACCUGUGGAGAGCCCAUCUCGGGUCGCUGCAUCGCUGCUCUGGACCGCAAGUUUCACCCUGAACACUUUGUGUGUGCGUUCUGCCUUCGGCAGCUGAGUCAAGGUGUGUUUAAGGAGCAGGGAGGGAAGCCGUACUGUUCGGUAUGUCACGAGAAACUCUUUGUGUGAAAGAAGUGACGUGAUUCCAGAAGUGUUUUCUUCAAUAAAAACAAUAUUUAGUGAGGGACUUCAGCUUGCAUCAUGAUUAUUUUUUUAGAUUUAAUUUAAGAUUAUUUUAAUAUAUUAGUAAUUAAA